AUUAGAUCCCUUUAAUUUUAGUAAUUAAGUAAAAAGAUUAUAAAAGAUGAGAAGGAGAAGAUAGCUUCUUCAUCGAGAAACCUCGAAAUCAAAAAGCACGUCGGUGACUUGUACUCUUCAAUCUCUUCUUCCUCUCUUUCACAUCUCCUUCUCUCGAACCCAUCGACCUGCGCUAAUUCAUCAUCGACCUUGCUCAAAUUCAUCAACCAUGUCUUACGAUUAUCUCUUCAAGUACAUAAUCAUCGGAGACACAGGUGAGAGACCGAUCUUUCACCUUUCUUAAUUCCCAAUUGUUUUAUUUUUCUGGGUUAAAUCCAUUUCGUGCCGAUUUUCAUGUGUUUUCGUUGUUGUUUUUUUUGUCGUUUCAGGUGUGGGAAAAUCGUGUCUGCUUCUGCAAUUUACUGAUAAGAGGUUCCAACCAGUCCACGAUCUCACCAUUGGUGUUGAGUUCGGUGCUCGGAUGGUCACCGUCGAUGGACGCCCCAUCAAACUCCAAAUUUGGGACACCGCUGGACAAGAAUCUUUUAGAUCCAUCACCAGAUCAUACUACAGAGGAGCAGCCGGAGCUUUACUGGUUUAUGACAUCACCAGGAGAGAGACGUUUAACCAUCUGGCAAGCUGGUUGGAGGAUGCUCGGCAACAUGCAAAUCCUAACAUGAGUAUUAUGCUGAUUGGGAACAAAUGUGAUCUUGCUCACAAGAGAGCUGUUAGCAAAGAGGAAGGUCAACAGUUUGCCAAAGAACAUGGCCUGCUAUUCUUAGAAGCAUCUGCAAGAACUGCUCAAAACGUUGAGGAGGCCUUCAUAGAGACUGCUGCCAAGAUCCUCCAGAACAUUCAGGAUGGUGUCUUUGAUGUAUCCAACGAGUCAUCAGGUAUCAAGAUUGGUUACGGGCGUACUCAAGGUGCAGCUGGAGGAAGAGAUGGUACGAUCUCUCAGGGAGGUGGCUGUUGUGGUUAAAAAAUCCUCGAGAGAGGUGUCACAUAUCUGCUGUAAUCUGGUGAUUCAGAAACUACUAUUGCUUCUAUUUACCUCUGCAAAUGGAUACACCAGAAUGUAUAGUUUCUCUUUCUUUCUUUCUUUUUUUCUCUUUUUCCCAGAUUGUCUUUUAUCAAAAAACCAAACGGGUGCAUUUAAGAGUGAACAGGCUGAUCUUUAUAAACCAAACAGGCGUUGGCUUAUUUAAAACGUUGUCGCUUUGUAUGAAGCUCUCAAGGUUAAGUAAUUGAAAUCAAAUC